CAGACGGUGCAGCUCAGAGAGAGAGAGAGAGAGAGAGAGAGAGAGAGAGAGAGAAAGAGAGAGAGAGAGAGUGAGAGAGAGAGUGAGAGAGAGAGAGAGAGUGAGAGAAGGGAGCGAACUCGCUGACACAGACAGAGCUGGUUCAAGCGCGGGGGGGGAGGAGGCAGAAAACAUAACCGAGUUAAACCGAGUUAAAACUUGAGCGAAGGCGACGAGGAGAGCCCCUCCAGACGCGCUGCUCCGCCGGAGAGAGGAAGGGAGCUGUCCGGUGCUGAAUACAUGCGCCUGCCGUCUGCGGGGAGCUGUCCAGUGCUGAACUUGCAUUUCUGCUCAGAGAAACGCGGCGUCGCGCAGCAGCGGCAGAAGCAGCUGAAUAAGGACUGCGAGGCUUUGCCUGUGCUGGCAUCUGAACCGUGGCAAAAAAAGGAAAAGGAAGGUGCUGUUUUGCCUCAGCAGUGCAUGAAGAGCGAGAGAGCUGACCGCGGCGGACGGGUGCUGUUGGGGUUUGGGGGUCUUUUUCUUUAUUUUUUCUUUUCUUUUUUUUUCUUCCUGAAACAUGCCAAGGUCUUUCCUGGUCAAAAAGGUUAAGCUCGAUGAUUUUUCAUCCGCCGAUCUCGAGAGCUCCUACGGCAGAUCUAGAGCUGACCUCAGCCUUCGCUUUCACGAGAAAGGCUACAUCAGCGACUACAUCACCCCGUCUGUGUACGAUGGGGAGAGUGACCAUGGCCUCAAAGUGCCCUCUCCUAGCCCCAUCUACGAGCGGAUACACGGAGACUACGGCGCGCCGGAUUCGGACCAGCCGGACAGCCCGCGCUCCGAGGUGUCGUCCGGCUACAUUAACGGCGACAACGCCGUGAGCGAGGGCUAUGCGGUGGACUCCUUCUUCAUCACGGACGGGCGCUCGCGCCGGAAGGUGGUGGGCGGCGCGCGCACCCUGCAGCGGCACACGUGCAACGAGUGCGGCAAGACGUACGCCACGUCGUCCAACUUGAGCCGCCACAAGCAGACGCACCGCAGCUUGGACAGCAAGAUGGCCAAGAAGUGCCCCACGUGCGGCAAGGUGUACGUGUCCAUGCCGGCCAUGGCCAUGCACCUGCUGACGCACGACCUGAAGCACAAGUGCGACGUGUGCGGCAAGGCGUUCAGCCGGCCGUGGCUGCUGCAGGGACACAUGCGCUCGCACACGGGCGAGAAGCCGUUCGGGUGCGCGCACUGCGGCAAGGCCUUCGCCGACCGCUCCAACCUGCGCGCGCACAUGCAGACGCACUCGGCCUUCAAGCACUACAAGUGCAAGCGCUGUAACAAGACGUUCGCGCUCAAGUCCUACCUGAACAAGCACUACGAGUCCGCAUGCUUCAAGGGCGCGUUCGCGCCGCUCGGUGAGCUCGAGGCGUGAUGGCGGGAGCGCGCGGCAGCGACCAAGUCCCAGAUUAUCAUAAACACGCCUUCCAGUCAAACCCACAGUGGUUUGGAUUGACAGCACAGCUCUACUCGACCAUUACUUGUUUUUUUUUUUUUGUUGUUUUUUUAUUAUUUACAUUUUUUUUCCCUCCUGCAAAAAAAGAACCCCAACAAAACUGAAGACGUCUCGGAUUUUACGCGCAUGUACCUUAACUUUUUCUGUUUCCAAGCAUAUCUUCCUCCUCCUCCCGCUGUUCACCUCCCCAGAGCCGAAGUAGUAACACGUGUUCUGCCAAAACUCAGAGGACAUUGAAAAUGUCUGUCUCUCUCAAAGGUCAAACCUUUUCUAAGUGUUGGAUAAUGUUGUACUGCUGCCAGUGGGCCACAAAAAGUGUUCAGCAUUGAGGUAAAACGAUUUAUUAACUUAUUACGACUUAUUAACUUAUUUAUGUACCUUAUUUAUUACUUUCCUCAACUUGUGUAAACUCUUCAUUUGCACUUUAGUUUGUUAUUCUUUCGCCAAACCUUCGUCGUUAAUAUGCCAAAGCAUUUGCCACUUUUUUGAAUAUCUUCCUUUUGUUUGCCACUUUAAAAAAUUGUUGCAUGCAAAAAAAGAGAGAGAGAAACAACAAACAACAAAUAAUUCUAAUGAAAUCUAUGCCAAUUUUAUCAAGCUUUGGAUUUUUUUGCAGAAAUCUAGUUAGCAGUCGGCAAUAUUUCUCGGGAGUCAUUAAAACUAUAGAGCAAUAAUGCAUGGUAUUUUUAAAAAAUAAACGAGUAAUAACUAUAGCGUUUUUAAUCACGAUUUUAUCCAAUACCAUUAGUAGUCGUGAAACAAAUUCAAUAUCAGGGAAAUGCCAGUGUAGUACUAGUGGAUGGAC